UUGUUACACAGAGUGGGAGGGUCUCUAGUCCCUCACUUGCUUAUUCAUGAACUGGCGCAUGCGAAUGUUUCAUAAAUUAGACUCCAUUUUAGUUCUUCUUCACUCGCCGUCGAGCAUCCGGUAGAGGGGUUGUAUACUGUGCUGGUCUGUCACCUAAGAUAUUUCAAGAUGUCUGAUGAAGGAAAGCUUUUUGUUGGAGGCCUCAACUUCGAUACCAACGAAGAUUCACUGGAGCAGGCGUUUUCCAAGUAUGGGAGCAUCACAAAGGUGGAUGUUAUCAGAGACCGAGAGACCAACAAGUCCCGUGGUUUUGGUUUUGUUACAUUCGAAAACCCUGAGGAUGCAAAGGAUGCCAUGACUGCAAUGAAUGGCAAGUCUGUUGAUGGGAGGAUGAUUCGUGUAGAUGAAGCCGGCAAAUCUGGAGGAAGAUCUGGUGGCGGUUUCAGAGGCGGGUCAUCUGGAAGAGGAGGCGGUUUCUUCAGAGGUGGCCGAGGAAGGGGUGGUGGAGGCUAUGGAGGUGACCGCAGCUAUGGAGGUGACCGCAGCUAUGGAGGAGAUCGAAGCUAUGGAAGCAGCGAUAGGAGCUAUGGUGGGGACCGAAGCUAUGGAAGCAGCGAUAGGAGCUAUGGAAGCGGAGGCGGAGGCGGUGGCGGUUACUCCAGCAGGAGUGGGGGUGGAGGAUAUUCCUCUGGAGGUGGUGGUGGAGGAUAUUACAACAGAGACAACAGGAGUCAGGGAGGUUAUGGUGACCGCUCUGGGAGUUCCUACAGAGACGGAUACGACAGUUAUGCUGCGCACGAGUAAAAAUCUUCCUGAUUUCAAGAUCAUCACUUCGCUGGCUGCGUUUAUAAAGAUGUGCUAUGAAGACUUCUUUUGUUUUUGCCCCCAAAUGUUGAUGUAAAGUGGUUGUAGCCUCUUUAAAGCAGCCUGACAGCAUCUUUUUAUAUAAAGCUUUUUUUUUUUUUAUCUUGGUCAAUUUAAGCAUUUCAGUGUAGGAUUUCUUCCUCAAUGAGAUGUCAAUCUGAAACAUUUAUAAUUUGAUUAAAUUGGAAACUGCUCAGUGGUUCCUGCAUUAAAAAAAAAAAAAAAAAAUUGUUCACAUUCCUGGUGCACUGAGAAUAUUGUAGGGAAAGUCGUUCAUUUUAUGGCUGUAUUUAUAAAGAAAGCUCAUUGUCCUGUUUUAGUCUCAAGUCGUUGAUCCUGUUCAGCACAGCCUGAUAGCUUCUAAAAAUGAUUCCAAUUAUUAAACGAGUGAUACUGGAGAAAUUUUAAAAUUCCAAUUUUCUUUUAAACUUCCACAACCAAAGUUUCCAAUUGAAGUCUCCUCCCCAGAAGCUUGAUGAGCUGUGAUGUUCAAGGCUUUGUGUGCCUUGAACUGUGUAAUGCAUUCCUUCAGUUUAGCAAGGCAGGGAUGCUACCUGGAAUCUUGUGUUCCCAGCAGACCUCCUUGAUCUAGCUAAAGAUCUGUAAAUAUUCAGUAUUCAAAGAGUGAAUUACUUUCAGACUGGUAACUUAACCUGAAGUUGGCCAGCUGUUCACACGAGGUGCUAAUUGCAACCUGCUCCUGUUUACUGGAGGUAUUUUGCUCUUUGCAACCUGUGUUUUUAAUGUGCUCUGUGGACUGAAAUAUUCAUGAUCAAUCUAAAUGUUACUACCAGUGAUGUUCCUCUUGGGAAAGAAUUGUGCUUUUUUUGUUCUGUGUAUCAACUUUGAAGAAACUUUUUUUUGUUUUUGUAAACUUCGGCUUCAUGAAGCCUAUUAAAACACUUGGAUGAAAA